CCGGUGGAUGGCUGACUCCCGGGUGUGUAUUCGGAAUGAUUUUGCGCUGGUGAAGCGUGUAGAUUGACAUGAAUGCGGUACAGGACGCGUAUUCGGCCCAACGGAUGGAGAACUUGCAGAACGAGCUGAGUUUGUACCGGUGCCACACGAUCUUCAACUGCGCACGGACAUGCCCGAAGGGUCUUAACCCCGCUGCGGCGAUCGCGAAGAUCAAGCUGGAGCUUGCUGCGGACUAAAUGUACUUGCACGCAUGAGGGUGUACGGUACGCGCGUGUUCAUUUGGGAGGAUUGGCACUGCA